UUCGCCGCGCUCCCUUUUACUGUUGACGCGUGAAAUUUUAUUAUAACUUAUAAAAUAAUAAUUUCAAUAUUAAUAAUUAUACAUAUCAUAAUUUAUUCGUUCAGUGCAUCACUUAAGUUUAAUUUGUGUUAUUUUUUUUCUGCAGAGGGUAUUUUUAAAUUUCGAAAUGACGGUAGGGGUGCAGUCUAAUGAUUCCCAUCUGCUAUUGGAAGGAUCAGAUAUUACGUACAUGGAUAUGAUAGACGAAACUACAAGUUGUGGCGAGUCUCAGAUCCAGAAAUUCUACUCUGGUUCUACCAUAUUAGUUACAGGAGGCACUGGGUUUCUUGGAAAACUUCUCGUUGAGAAACUGCUCAGAUCAUGUCCAGAUAUAAAAAAGUUAUUCCUUUUGGCGAGACCAAAAAAGAAUAAAGACAUAUCGAAAAGACUUCAAGAACAAUUUGAAGAUGUCCUCUACGACAAGCUAAGGAAAGAGCGUCCUGGAUUCCUGAAGAAGAUAACAAUCGUAGAAGGAGACGUUGGUCAAAUUGGGCUUGGAAUGAAUGAAGAAGAUAGAAUGAAAGUUAUCAACGAGGUAGAAGUCAUUUUUCAUGGAGCAGCGACUGUGAGAUUUGACGAAGCUUUAAAAACCGCUGUAGAAAUUAAUGUUCGAGGCACCAGGGAGAUGUUACACUUGGCGAGAUCCUGCAGCAAGCUACGUGCCCUUGUUCAUGUAUCCACGGCAUACAGCAAUUGCCUGCAUAAUGAAAUCGAUGAAAAGUUCUACGAACGUUCUCUGCCUGGGGAAAAAUUAAUAGAUCUAGUUGAAACUAUGGACGAGAAGAUAAUCAAUAACAUCACACCUGGGUUACUCGGCGACUUCCCCAAUACAUACGCCUACACAAAAGCUGCCGCUGAAGAUAUUGUGUUGAAGCUCUCUAAAGGUCUACCGGUGGCACUGUUCAGACCAGCUAUAGUGAUUGGUACGGCAAAGGAACCUUUCCCUGGAUGGAUUGAUAACGUUUACGGUCCUACUGGCGCUGUGGUUGGAGCUGCAGUAGGUUUACUCCAUGUCCUCAACUGUAACCCCAAAGCAAUUGCAGACUUAGUCCCCGGUGAUAUGGUUGUGAAUAGCUGUAUUGUAACAGCAUGGAAGACUGCGAAGGAAUACCCUGGGAAUCAUGAAGAUGCUCCACCACCCGACUUACCCCCACCAGUUUAUAAUUACGUAUCAUCUGAACAAAACCCAUUGACUUGGGAGAAGUUCAUGAAAUACAAUGAAAUACAUGGCUUUGAAGUUCCACCGUUUGCUGCUGUCUACUUCUACUUGUUCCACCUAACUCCGUCCCGCUUUGUGUACACAUUGUACUGCAUCUUCCUCCAUUGGAUACCGGCCUACAUUGUAGAUGCUAUUGCUGUACUGAUUGGAAAGAAACCUAUGUUACGAAAAGCGUACACGAAAAUUGCAAAGUUUUCAGACGUCCUCUCCUACUUCGCUUUACGUCAAUGGAAAUUCUCAAACGCGAACAUACAAAGUUUGUAUAGCGACUUAUGCGAGGCCGACAAACAAAUGUUCGGCUUUGACAUGUCCUCUAUCAGUUGGAAUGAAUAUUUCUACAAUUACGUCCGUGGUGUUAGGAUCUUUCUUUUGAAAGACCCCAUGGAUACCGUACCAGCGAGUGUAAAGAAGCAUUAUAGACUCAAAAUAUUGCAUUACACGUUUUGCACUAUUUUGGGUUUGGGUUUAUUAAGGUUUUCAUGGAGUAUACUUAGUUUUUUUUAUGCGUUAGGUUAUAGAUGUUUCUGAUUAUUAUUUGAUAAAUAUCAGUUAUUGCGCUUUGUAAAUUUUAUAUAAUGACAUUAUGUCAGAAAGUACCUAUUGUUGGUGGUUAGAAAGAGAAAGAUAAAUCAUUGAUAUUUUUAGGCAAUGGCCAUGUAAUAUAUGAUGAAGGAAUUUGGGAUUAAAAAUCUUAUUAAAUAGAGUCUUCAGUAGCUUAUACUAUGGGUUAAUAAUUACGGAGGUUGUCUUUCUACCUUAUAAUUUAUAAAGAAAUCAUGGCUCGAAAUCAGGUAACAUUGGUCCAGCUAUUAAAAACUCCUAUAUCUUCCGAUUAUUGUUCCGACAUACCACUAGUAAGUUAUGCAUCGUGUAUCGGUCUAGUGCAUCCGCAAUUAUAGCCAUUGGUAAUUAAAUUUUUAAGUAAUUGAUUACAAUGUACAAUGAUAUAAUUGAUAUACCAAUUAGGACGCUCGAAUACUAUGACAACGGUAUGGGUACCUUUUUUACAUUAUUAAAUAUCGAAUAUUCAGUGUAUGUGAAUAUAAAAUUUCAGAAAGCUAAUUAUUUCAGUUUUACUACACAUACGAGUAUCAUGUAACAGAUGAUUAUGAUGUCCUUGGUUAUUUGUAUGUAGCUAGAUUAAUUCUGAAACUAGAAUAUUAUAACUCUAUUUUUCUAUUAUUAACCCCAAGUCCCUGAAGAUCCAAAUGAGAAACGAACACUGGAUACUGGGCGUAAAUUUAAUGAAAUUGAUAUAUUUUUAUAAUUAUUUCAAAGCGUAGCUACAAUAAUAAAUUGUAUAAAAAUAUUGUGAUUAUAUAUUACCUUAACAUGUAUAAGUAGAUUACAUUUUAAAAAAUCAGGUUCUAAUAAAUUUAUAAGUAGGUACUACCUACUUAUUUAAGAGUAUUUGUCAAGAAAGUUUUUGAUUAAAAAACAAUCAAGACAACUAGCAACAUCACUAAUUAUAUUGUCCUAGGAUUCUCCAAAUGCAUAUUCUUUAGGUUAAAAUAUAAGCUUUUAUACUUUGUUAUUGCGAUAACUCAAUUGUUAAUAAUAAUACAUAUUUCAAAUCCACAGAUCACAUACAGCGGAGACUAAGAAAUUUGUAUAAAAAUAAAUGUGAUUCUGAUAACCUAGCCUUACACUUGCCUUGAUAUUACAGGAAAUUUGUAAAAGACAACUAAAAUACUAUUACUGUUUUUAAUCUCAGUACAUUAUCAUUUUUCUACAUACAUUUAAUAUAAGAACAUAAAAUCUGUAUAUUAUCGGAGAUAAUUAGUUACUUAAUUACUGUACUGUAUUUUAUUAUAGCUACGGGGCCAGUAUGAAGGAUGCAUAAUAUGUUCAGUUACAAUAUCUAUCAAUAUAAAGUUUAAUUUAUACCACAAUGUAUAGAUUUAUGGUUUAAAUUAGAACCGAUUUUUAUGUCAUAUUUCUCAGAAAUGGCAACACAUGAGGGCUGCAAUGAGUAUCUCAUGACGCCAUGUUGUCAGUUAUGUUCUCGUAUAUAUAUAGAGGCGACUGUUGCCACU